GUUCGAUAAUGCAAUCGAUAAAUCAAUAUAAUAAGCGUUACAUAAAUAUAUCAAUGUUUUUAUCGGUUUACGUCAAUCGAUUGAAAUCCUAACAAUACAAUAAAAUAGAGAUAAAUGGAAAUUAAAAAAACAUUUAGAUAUUUAUCGAUAGGUAGUACACCUUUGAUAUACCUUUCAAUUGCUUUCAAUUAAGUAAUUACAUCAGUUAAUUCAAAAAAGUGUUAUUACAAAUAUGCAAAAGGACACCAACACAACCGCCAUGUCAACGGACAUCGAAAAAACCUCGAGCCACGACCUCAAAUGCACCGUAUGCAAAAACUACCUAAACGUACCGCCGAUCCUCACAUCGGACGACGGCAAACUGAACAAAUGCGGCCGAUGCCAAUACAAACCGCCCCGCCUCGACAACCGCAACACCCUCUACGAAUCCAUCGGCUCCAAGUUGCUCUUUCCCUGCAUGCACGCCGGCUGCCCCGUCCGCCUGCAAUGGUCCCAAGUCGGCGUGCACGAGAAGUCCUGCAAGCGGCGCUCCGUCCGCUGUCCGUUCUACAAUUGCCGCGACAAGGACGUGUCGUUCGUCCUGGCCGAGGAUUCGGGCCACUUCGAGAGCUGCCAUCCGGGCUGCGUGCACUACGGCCCUCUCACCGUCGCCUUUAGAAUCAUCAAGCAUCAUCAAUCCUUCAUCAAACUUCUAGUGAUCGACGGUACGCCCUUUCUGAUGCUGGUGCAUUGCUUGAAAUACGGCGAAUCCGCCGUGUUGUUCGGCGUGUUUUCGUGCGACGAGAAGCCCUACGAGUACGAGAUUAAGAUUAGGACGGACGCGGAUGAAGGGAGAUCCCGUACGGUGAUCGUCAAAGAGCGAGUGCCUUUAUACGACGAGGACAGGCAUUGUUUGUAUUGCUUGCAGAACAUUUGCUCGAUCGAUGGGCACCGGUAUUCGAAGAAACACCCCGAGCACCGAGACGACAAGUACAAGUAUUAUGCGAGCGUCGACGUGGCCUCGGCCAAAAGUCUACUGCAAACCGACAAUAUGCUGUUCGAUGUGAACGUGUACCAAGUGCGAAACGACGAGAAUAACAGUAUUAUUAGCAGGAAUAGCGAUUGAUUUUUUUUAGUUGUACGUUGUGUAAUAUAAUCUAAUACUCCGGCCUGUUUGUUCUCUUUGAUUAGUUGUCACGAAUUUGUUUACAUAGCAUCGUAUAAAGUCCUUACCGGUGCCGAAGUCUCGAUCGACG